AUCCAGACCUCUGAGGAGCCAGCUGGGACCUGAGGUGGCGGCUCUGUGCGUCCCGGUGUAUUUUUUAUUGUCUCCACGCGCACCUGAUCAGCAUCCUCCCUCGCCCUGAUCCCGACCGCAAGAAGCUGUAUCGAGACGACGGGGUUUUAUAGCUACGUCUCUUUGGAUUCCUACUCACUUCGAACUAUUGGAGGGUAACUCGGAUAGGAUUUCAGCACCAAAACCACUUUUUGGAUUAGCUAUGGCACCGUCGCGUUGUUGUUUGGUGCUACUUUUUCUAACAGCUGUCCAAACUGGUCAUGGAGGCGGGCAGAGUUGCGUGGACAAGCAGCAGGUGGUAGCUGUGCUGCGCCAGAUGGAGAGGUUUCUGAAGGGCCAGGAGCUGAGGUUUAACGAAGCUUUCCGCAUCAUGAAGUCCAAAAUGGCGCUACUCCACAACUCUGUGUCCAAGCUUCCUCAGGCUGACCAAUCAGCUGCUCCCUCCACCUGCCCUCCUCUAGAAGACCCUGUCCAUGGCAGGAAGUUUGGCUCAAAGUACUUAGAGGGUCAUGAGGUCCAUUUCACCUGUUCCCAUGGUUACCACCUGGUUGGCACAGGAACACGUGUGUGCCAGGAGAAUGGCAUUUGGAGUGGAGCCAACGUCAUCUGUACAGAUGUGAAUGAGUGCUCCAGUGCCCCCUGCCUUAAUGGAGGGACAUGUGUGGAUUGGCGGGGCCAGUACAGGUGCACCUGUCCACAGAACUGGAGUGGGUCACGCUGCCAGCACCAGACCCAGACGGCGCUGCCAGAGUGGAGCGUUAUGGAUGACCCGGCCUUCAGCCGCCGGCCGCGCUGUACCAAAGUGGACCGCGCCCAGCACUGCAGCUGCGACGCAGGCUUCCACAUGAGUGGGACCUCCGACAGCAGUAUCUGCCAGGAUGUGAAUGAGUGUGAGGUGUUUCGGCUGGACCAGGGGGGGAAGCUGUGUGCUCAUGCGUGUGUGAACAUACCCGGGUCCUACCAAUGCUCCUGCCCCCACGGCUACAAGCUGCUCUCCGACUCGCGCAGCUGUGAGGAUGUGGACGAGUGUCUGUCCCAGCAGCAUAACUGUUCCAGAGGGACCACCUGCAUCAACACAGGCGGAGGCUUCCAGUGUGUCAACCCCGAGUGUCCACAUUCCCAUGGCAAUGUGAGCUACAUCAAGACGUCUCCAUUUCAGUGUGAGAGGAAUCCUUGCCCCAUGGAGAGCCGUUCCUGCCAUCUCGCCCCCAAGACCAUCUCCUUCCACUUUCUGCCCCUACCCUCCGCCCUUCAGACGCCUGCCACGCUGUUCCGUAUGGCCACCGCCGCCCCGCCCAGCCCUCCCUCCUCUGGGCGCUCCGGCCCAGACAGCCUGCGGUUUGGCAUUGUCGGGGGAAACCCGCGGGGCCUGUUUGUAAUGCAGCGCUCUGAUAGGCAGACAGGAGAGCUGAUCCUGGUCCAGCCAAUACGAGGUCAACAGGAGGUCAGCGUGGAGGUGGACAUGGCAGAGUACUCAGACAGAGUCUUCCAGGCUAAACACCUGGCCAGGGUCACCCUGCUGGUGUCACCUUACAACUUCUGAGGAGAGGAGGAACGAGGGGGGGAGAAGGA